AUGAAUCAUGCAGUCAUUGUUUUGGUCCCCAAGGCAAAUCACUCUGCAUCCGUUGGUGACUAUAGGCCGAUCUCAUGUUGUAAUGUGUUCUACAAAGUUAUUGCUAAAAUCAUUACAUCUCGGUUGGGGCCUAUUCUUGGAUCAAUUGUCAAUCAAGCUCAAGGUGUAUUUGUGGAAGAUCUUAAGAAGGCGUAUGAUUCGGUCAAUUGGGAAUUUCUCAAGAUUGUGUUACACGGCUUUGGAUUUCCUAUGAAGUUUAUUGGUUGGGGUGAUGGAAUGUAUAUCUACUCCUUCGUAUUUGAUUGUACUCAAUGGAAGCUUUCAUGGAUUUUUUUAAAGGGAAAAAGGGUCUUCAUCAAGGGAGCUAUGGAGAAUAGCGAGUUCAAUUAUCAUCCCAAAUGUGGCCCUUUAAAGAUUACACAUUUGGUAUUUGCGAAUGAUUUGAUGCUCUUUGCUGGAGGUGAUCCAAUUUCAGUUGGUAUCUUGAUGGAUUGUUUGUCUAAGUUUGGAGACAUAUAG